AUGAGAGCAUUUUACCUUUCACAAUUACUCCUCAUCCUGUUUGUGGGGCUCUCUUUCCCCUUAGCUCAGUCAGCGUCUAGUCCAACAAAAUUGACUACCGUCCACACUUUUUCAAGUCCAGAAUACCGCCACCGACUCGCUAAGCGCACAUGGACCUUUUGGUCUUUUAACAAACCUUUUGGUGGACCAAAGGACGCGACGAUGAUUACUCCUUGGUAUAUAUUAUACAAUAUGAUUUACAACCGGGCCAAAACAGUCGGUACCCAAGAAACUGUCCUAUAUGGCGUUGCUCAGACCACAGUUCAUUGGGGGAACAUUCUUAAGAUUGCAAACCUUCGAAAAACGUCAAACGUGCCCAAAAGCUAUGCUUUCCUUGGAAUGACGUCUGAUCUCAAUCACCGGAUCAAAGAUUACUCCUCCAUUCCCUCAACUUACACGUGGACUCGUCAACACGCAAGAUCUGGCUUCAAAGGGAACGUUUGCUACGACUUUGUUAUUUCCAAUGGCCCUAACAAGCGUUCAGACCACGAAUUGAUGUUGUGGCUCGAAUGGGAAGGAGGACAGCUACCAAUCGGUGCAGGUGGUAAAACUAUCAGAAUUAGAAACCUUUAUGGUCAAGACUGGACUUUGUACCAAGGCAUGAAUACCGAUAUUAAUGUUCCAGUUAGGAGUUUGAUUCCUGAUCGACAAUACAAAAAUUCUUUUAAGGGUGAUAUGAAGGAUUGGUUGAUGAAAGUAGUUGAGGCUGGUAUCUUUCGAGAAGACGCGUACCUCUGGACGGCCAAUCUAGGGAUGGAAGCAUUUUGGGGUGACUCUACAUUCAAUGCGUACUCUUCACUUCAGCUUUUGUGGAAUGGGAACCAACAUAGAAUUGGCUACAAACCUUCUGGGUAUAAACAACCUACUGCCGGAAGUGUAGUUCCGGGUUACGAGAAGACUCGCUAG